UGCGUGGCAUUCAGAGUUCAACAAUCAUUCGAGCUGCGCAGUCGCAACGGAGUGAAAGACAUUUUGGUAGAAAAAAAAAACAAAUUCAGGCAGAAAUAAACAUAUUCUUGUCGUGUUGAGAGAACAUUUUCUAUUUGUGUAUAUGUGAUUUUUUGUGAAAUAGAAAAUACCGAAGAAGAAGAAGAUUACAUAUUUGCAUUAAUUUAUGUGAUUGUUGAAUUGAAAUACAUAAAAACUCCUUGGCAACUAAUAUCAAGAACGCGAACCCUAAGGUCGUAGCCAAACCAACGCUCAUUCGCUUAGAGAUAUAGACACAAGAAACAAACAAACAAAAGUAGCAAGUCAUCAGCACAGCACUUCUCUCUAAUACGUGUUAACUUUGCCGUGUUUUCGUCUUCGUCUUCGUCAGUCGCGAAACGGCCUUCAAAAUUCAGAUCAAGCAAGAAAUGCACGCGCUUAAGGAAGGCGCCACCAUGCUGCAUCAUCACCAGCAGCAGCCACCGCCGCCUCCACAGCCUCGCGAGGAUUUACUUACAGCUGAUAAUUUCUUUUAUGCCCACAGCAAUCCCAUUGAUAAUGCAGCUGCCGCUGCUGCCGCCGCCGCUGCGGCCGGUUUAAUGGACAAUCGCGAUUUACACAAUGCGCUGGUCGCCUCCAUAGCCAAUAGCAAUGUGGCUGCCAUCAAUGGAACUCUGACCACAGCGGCGGUAUUGAAAAGUGCUGCUGCAGUGCAGCAACAGCAGCAACAAUCCCAACAGCAAACACAAGGCUCGGCUGUUUCACAGCCACAACAACAGCAGCAAUCGGUGACCUCACCUGGACAAGAUCUCAAUCAGCAGGUCACACAGAGUCCUCCACAACAGCAGCAGACAGUAGCCCAGCAGGCUGCCUUGGCUCUCCUAAAGGUGGAGAAUGUGAAUGCCGCUGCCGCAGCAGCAGCAGCUGCUGCAGCUGGACAGAAUGGUGUUGGCGGAGUUGGACCAGCGGCCAAUAUAAGCAUCAAGAGCAGCUCAUCGGGUCGCUCGACGCCCAGCAAUAGCGGCGGCAGUGGAUCAGAUCCCGCUCCCGGCAAACUCUUUGUCGGCGGUCUCAGCUGGCAGACAUCAUCGGAGAAGCUCAAGGAAUACUUUAAUAUGUUUGGCACUGUCACCGAUGUCCUCAUCAUGAAGGAUCCCGUCACUCAGCGCAGUCGCGGCUUUGGUUUCAUCACAUUCCAAGAACCCUGCACCGUUGACAAGGUGCUAAAGGUGCCCAUUCACACACUGGAUGGCAAGAAGAUCGACCCAAAGCAUGCCACUCCAAAGAAUCGACCACGUCAGGCCAACAAGACCAAAAAGAUCUUUGUUGGCGGCGUCUCGCAGGACACAUCGGCCGACGAGGUUAAGGCCUAUUUCAGUCAAUUCGGACCCGUCGAAGAGACGGUUAUGCUGAUGGAUCAGCAAACGAAACGUCAUCGUGGUUUCGGAUUCGUUACCUUCGAGAAUGAAGAUGUCGUGGAUCGUGUGUGUGAAAUCCAUUUCCAUACCAUCAAGAACAAGAAGGUCGAAUGCAAAAAGGCCCAGCCCAAGGAGGCCGUCACCCCGGCUGCCCAGUUGCUACAGAAACGCAUUAUGCUCGGGACACUGGGUGUCCAGUUGCCGACAGCACCUGGCCAAUUGAUUGGAACACGCGGUCCCACCGGUGUCACCACCAUGAAUCCCCUGGCCAUGCUUCAGACACCAACCCAAUUGCUACAGUCGCCGGCUGCUGCAGCAGCAGCUGCCCAACAGGCGGCAUUGAUAUCACAGAAUCCAUUUCAAGUACAAAAUGCAGCAGCUGCUGCCUCAAUGGCUGCCGCCAAUCCAGGAGGAUUUGGCAAGCUAUUAACCACAUAUCCACAGACGGCGCUUCACAGUGUCAGAUAUGCCCCCUACAGCAUCCCCGCCAGCGCUGCCACUGCCAAUGCCGCUCUAAUGCAGGCCCAUCAGGCUCAGAAUGCGGCCGCCGCUGCCCAUCAGCACCAGCAGCAGCAACAUCACUCGGCCGCCGCCGCCGCCAAUGCCAAUGCCCAUGUGGUGGCCCAGCAUCAGCAGCAACAUCCGUCACAUGUGGUGGCUGCCGCCAAUACCGCCUCCCAGGCUCAUUCGGCAGCAGCGGCAGCCGCCCUGGCAGCGAAUGCGGCCAACGGAGCUAACGGUGCCCAUGCCGCCGCCGCCCAUCAACAGCAUUUGGCGGCUGCCCAGCAGGCAGCUCUCGUUGCGGGAAAUCCCCUGAAUGCAGCCGCCGCUGCUGCUGCUGCCGCAGCCGGCAAUCCAGCUGCAGCGGCCGCUUACUCAAAUUAUGCAUUGGCCAAUGUGGAUAUGUCCAGUUUCCAGGGUGUCGAUUGGAGUACCAUGUACGGCAUGGGGAUGUAUGUCUAAGGCGCUGCUAGCUAUCCCACACAUCAACAUCCCCCCACAUCCCCACUUCCACCUCCUACUCUUGCCCUUAAGACAGAAUCAAAUAUUUGUUGGUAAUUUCAAUGAACUAUAAUUACACACACACAAACACCCACACACAAACACUUUCUCACACAAACACACACACAUAUACUCAGAGAAGUUACAUAAUUUUCUUUUUGAGUUUUGAGGAAAACCACAGAAAAGCAUUAUAAGUAUUAUAGGCGUUCAAUAAUAAUAAUAAUAACAAUAAUUAUAAUAAUAACACUAUAUAA